UCGCAAAUCCCUUUUCCUCUUCCUUCCUCCCGCACCUUUCCUUGCCUUCGUCCCGACUGCAAUCUUCCCUUCCGGUUCCGGGCAGAGAAAAAAAAACCGUCGCGUCUUCCGGCCGAUCCGUCCCGUCCCGUUCGAUCGGCAUGGCGGACGGGGACUCGGCGGCGGCCUACGCGUCGCCGCGGUCGCCGCUGCCCCCGGAGACGCCGUCCACGCAGAAGCGGACGCAGCGCGGCCUCGUCUCGCGGGUGUGGAAGGGCAUCUUCGGCCGCCGCGAGGACGUCGAGAAGCUGCUGCAGGCGCUCUCCAAGGAGGAGGAGGCCCUCCGCUCCCGGCUCCACCGCCGCGCCCGCGCCUCCCGCAGCUCCGCCCACAACGUCCUCGCCCUCGCAUCCGCGCUCGAGAUUGCGGCUGUUGGAUAUGCGAUUAUGACUACCAGAUCCCCGGACAUCCCCUGGCAGAUGAGGGCAGCCCGGGUGCUGCCCAUGUUCUUGGUUCCUGCUUUAGCUGCUCUCAUCUACUCAGCUAUCACAAGCAUUACGAAAAUACUUGAUAAUAGAGACCAACAUACUCUUGAAAAGCUCCGUGCUGAAAGACAGGCCAAGAUUGACGAGUUGAAGGAGAGAACAAAUUACUACACUACCCAGCAACUUAUACAGAGAUAUGAUCUUGACCCUGCUGCAAAGGCGGCUGCAGCAAGUGUUUUGGCAUCUAAGCUGGGUGCGGAUUCUGGAUUGAGAGUCUUUUUGGGAGAUGAGUUGAACAUGGAUGGAAGUAAAAGUAAUGAUCAGCACGGACAGGCUUCUGGUAUGAGGCAAAGAAAACCAGCCCACUCAGGCCAUGUCUCUGGACCGACCCAUGCCUCUGAGCCAUCAGACGGCUCGAGUAUAUAUGCUGGUAACGAAAGCCCCACUGCAAAUCGGACUGUUGAGCACUUUAGAGGCCAUGCUGGCAAUGAUGGCGGAUGGCUCGCACGGGUGGCCGCUCUGCUUGUAGGGGAGGAUCCAACACAAUGCUUUGCGCUAAUAUGUGGCAAUUGCCAUAUGCAUAACGGUCUUGCGAGGAAAGAGGACUUUGCGUUCGUUACAUACUACUGUCCUCACUGCAAUGCUCUCAACGGAUCGCGGCAACAGGAGGACGGUGAAAUGGUGACUCCUACCGAUCGCUCCUUUGGUAACAGCAUCCAAGCCAGCGCCAGCCUUGCGGACUCAGGCGUCAGCAGUCCUGUUGGGAGGAGCUUGCCGACCGUUGAAGAACUGCCUGCAGAAAGUUCUGGUGCGAGUAACUUAACGAUUGCUGAACAGCCUCGAGCAGAGAGUUCUUCUGCCACAAAUAACUUACGACCAACUGUUGAAGUUCAACCCGCCGAUCAGCUUGCCAGCUGAGCUUUCUUCUUCUGAGAGGAAUGUGUUCGCCAGUUCUUGCUUCCGUGCUAGUUGCAUCGUGAGAUGGCGUACCAGAGCUUUCAACGCAGAUUCCUGUGCUUACCACCACCUAUGCAUAUAGAUGCGGAUUAUUGGUGUGUUGUGCUAGGAAUGGAUUGUUCCACUUGGUGCUGCUAGGAUAGGUGAUGGAUGCCCAUUUGACGGCAUCUUGUCCAGCUGCUUGAGUGAUGGGUUGCUUUGCUUCUUUUGAGUGUAUAGUUUUCUUUCUCUUUUGGGAAGUUGAAUUCCACACCUUUUGUAAUAUAUUAUCAGUCAUGCAAUGUGUAGUAUCAGUUUCUCUAUGUAAAUGCUGGUUUUGGAAUAUGUUUUUUUUUUA